CGAGAUCAUAAGGAGGAGCAAUGGAGCGGGUUUGUCCAUUCCAGAGAGAGAAACGAGCAUAGAGAGAGAAAUUCAGGAGAGAGAGAGAGGGGAAGAACAGAGACAUGAACAGAGCGGAUUGAUGAAUUGUUGGAGGUGGUAGCCAGACAUGCGGCGAGGGAGAGGCCACAGAGCGGCGGUCGCGACGGCAACUGCGGCCGGUGAAGCAAUUGAGUCGAGAGAUCAAACCAACGAGAUGAAAUUUAGAGGCGUCAGGAAGCGGCCGUGGGGUCGAUUCGCCGCCGAGAUCAGAGACCCUUGGAAGAAGACGCGGGUUUGGCUCGGCACCUUCGACUCCGCCGAAGAGGCGGCGCGUGCCUACGACGAUGCGGCGCGCUCCCUCCGCGGGCCAAAAGCGAAGACGAAUUUCCCCCCGCCGCCGCCGGAAUCUGAAGCCUACGAGGUUUCCCUUCGGCAGAACGUUCCCAGCUACAUGCGAGAAGAUCAUCAGGAUCCCCCGGUGCAGGUGCAGGUGCAGAUGCAGAUGCAGGUGCCGGCACCGGUGCAGGCGCACCAGAGGCCCGCAACGAGCAGUUUGAGCAGCACCGUGGAGUCCUCUAGCGGCCCGAGGCCCUCGAACCGGCCGGCGCAGCCGCGAGUCAAGACGCGCGUGAUGCCUCCGGUGCCGCCGGACGAGUGCCACAGCGACUGUGACUCGUCGGCGUCAGUGGUCGACGACGAUGACGGCGGCCACAGCUUUUCGUUCCGCAAACCCUUGCCGUUUGAUCUGAACCUCCCUCCUCCCAUGGACGAUGAUGUUGUUGAAAUUGCCGGUGAUGAUUUUCAGGCCACAACUUUAUGCCUUUGAUUAUUGCUUGAAAUAUUUAUUUUGUGGAUUCUCUUUAUCUUCGUUUUUUUUCUCGCGAAAAUCAAAAGGAAAUUGUCAUCUUAUCGUCUAUCAUUCGUGGUUUUUUACUUGGUGGUAGAAGAGACUCGAUUUUGGGGGUUCAUUAUUUUUAAAAUGUUAUUGAUAGAUUAUGA